AUGUUUGGGGUGUAUAAAGGAAAUGAUUUUCUUAUUAGUUUCACAAGAGAGAAAAGGAAAGAUAAAACCCUAAAACCUUUGCAUUUCACGGCAGCUUUCCCGGAGAGAGACAGAGAGAGAGAGACAGGAUUAAUGGCUACUUCAACGAUGCCGACAAGAAGGAGGUUAACCCCAGAAGAAGAAAGAAAAAGAGAUGAGCAAGACCAAAUGGUUACUGCUGCUUUCGCGUUAAGCCACUUUAUGUUUUUGCGCGACAUAAACAAAGCUGAUGAUGAUCAUCAUCAAAAUCAGCCGGCUAAGAAGAGAAAAAUCGUCGAGGAAGACGAUUCCGAAGAAACCCUAGAAUUACUCCUCCGAUGGAACAGUGAUUCAAAGCCGAAGUUUCUGCCGGAAGAGACCAUUGCCUCCUUGGGACGAUGCAGCAAACCGAUACGGAAGCAGUUAACGGAGAGCGACGUGAAGGAAGAUCAGAACAGGCUGAUGUUAGGGAAAGUGCAAGUGGAGAAGAACUUUCUGCCAUUUCUCAAGGAAUCAGAGAUCCCUCGCGGGAAAGAAGGGAUUAGGGUUUCGGUUUACGGACCAGACGGGAUAGUUCACGAGAUGAUGUUCAAAAUGUGGGUCGAGAAAAUUCCCGUGCUGACGUCAGGAUGGAACAAGUUCGUGGCGACAUAUGGGCUUAAGAUGCAUUGCGACUUUCUCACGGUUUCCAUGUUUAGGCACACAAAGACUCGUAAGAUUUGCUUCGCUAUCGACUCCACUAGGCUUCCUAUAAAGAGGAUGUUGAGACUUCUUAGUAGCUUAAUAGCUUUGUUAGUCAGAGUUUGA